AUGGAAAGAGAAGAGAAAGUUACACUAAACUCUAUUAAACCGUAUGCAUACAUGGAAGAGCUGUUGUGUAAAGCUUCAGCAAAUGGAAAUUUAAUAACUGCUGCAAGAAUUUUACACGAACGUAUUAAUCCAAACUGUAAAGAUUAUAUAGGUCGUUCACCAUUACAUUAUGCUGCUAUGAAUAAUCAUUUUGAUAUGAUAUGCUUAUUAAUCAGUAAUCAAGCUAUAGUCAAUAUAACCGAUUUCAAUAAUGUCACUCCAUUACAUUUAGCUGCAACUGGAGCAGAUUAUACAAUAAAAUGUGUAUCUGGUUGUACACCGAAAGAUUUAGCACCGUAUAAUUCAGCUACAUAUUAUUUUUUAGAAAAAAUAUGA